CCGAAGAGGAAGGAAGAUUGAAGAUUGAUGAAAGUUAAAGUGAAUCUGACAAUGAAACUUUGCAUUGUAUUAUUUGUUGCUCUGGUCGCGUGUCUCUCUGAAUCAGUUUAUGGAGGUGAAAGCGACGUGCUUCGAGUUUUUGACGAGAAUAUAAAAUUGACUGAGAAGGAGAUGGAAGAAUACAUGAAGCAAGCGGAUCUGGAAAAAUAUGGUUUUAAGAGAACCGAGGAGACCACCUUUGAAACGGAUGAAAAUGGAGAGAAAAAGAAAAGGAGAACCAUCUAUUACAAGGUCACCGAUGAUUGUUCUCGAGCUAUGUUCUGGGAAGGAGUCCUUGAACAACGCUUGCCAGAGAAAUUGAAAAAUCUGAAAAUCUUUUCAACCACCGUGAAAGAGAUUCAGAAUCGUAUUGCUGGCAGGAAGACAAAGGAAUGCACAGUCGGUUUAGAGAUCCAUCCAGAUCGAUGUCAGAAGUCCAGUGGCAGCAAACGUCGUGUGGCUCGAGGUUGCACUGCAGAUUGGUGCUUUAUUUGUUGGAGUGCGGCCAUUGUUUACGGCAAUUAAGGUGUUUCAUCAUUG